AUGCAGCGGCUGCUUCUCAGUGGAGCAGGGUAUAGAUGGGGGCCCCUGGGGGCCCCUCCACUUGGGAGGCCCCAGAGGGGGCCCCCCCAACUCACGGCAAGGGGCCCCCCGAGCAGCAUAAACCCGGCGGGGCCCCCUUGCAAAGACGACAAUCACUACGUUGAAGCGGCUUCUAUUUGGGCUCACCAGCAGCAGAAGGAGACAGCGGGGGCCCCCCUCUCUCCUCUUAUACUGAAUGGGGGGCCCCCUGGGGGCCCCCAUGGGAGCUUUCUAAGUACAGCCUUGGUUGGGGGCCCCCCUUCCAUGAGUUCUCAUCGCUUGCCGUCUACAGUUGCUAGCCGUGUGUUGCCUUGGGGGCCCCCUGGGGGCCCCCCGCGUCCGCUGCAUGGAUCGUUGGGGGCCCCUGGGGUGUACUGGCAGCGGCGUUUUUUCGGUGUAGGGGGCAGCUAUGGGUACGGGGCCUUCUAUAGAGGAGAUGCUGAUGUGUAUGCACAAAGCAAUGUAAAACAGCAGCGGCUAGAGAGUGAGGGGGCCCCCAAGAGGGGCCCCAUGACCCUGAAGAUGCCGGAGGCGGUUGCGGAGAUAGUUAAAGAGGGGUCCUUGCGCAGGCACUUGUCUCGGCCUGGGGUGUUUGUAUACCACCACCACGUCCCCUGCAGCCCGCAGCAAUCUCUGGUGUUUCUCUCCUCAACAACCCAGGAGACAGGGGCCCCUGCUGCUGCUGCUGCUGUCUCGCUGCUGCAGCAGAGAGAGAGAGGUGUUGCUGCUCAGCUUAUUCUUGAUGGGAGAGGGGUUAAGGCUUACUUCGACCCGGAGUGGCCAGACCUCAUGGUUAGGUUGGGUGUGGGUGUGAAACCCUUGGCUCUCCGCCGGCUGGCAGAGCAGUACGCCACCAAAGCCAGGAUAUUUGUUGAUAAGAGAGGUUUAUUACUAACCAUACACGGCUGGGAUAAGCGGGCGGUGGGUACCUUAACCAUGGAGCUGUAUAGACACCUCAAAGCAAACCCGUACACAGGCAAGGGGGCCCGCAUUGCCUUCUACCCCCUCAACAAAAAGACCUCAACAAAAAGAUAA